AAAUUCAUCUUCAAUAUCUUUAAUAGAUAAAUUAGUAAAUUAACCUUAAAGCGCUACAUAUUCGGAUGAGCGCCAAUUUUGGUCAAUCGAAAAGGCAGCUAAUGGUACAAAAUAUUAUUACAAUAAGCAAACAAAAGAGUCUUAAUGGGAAAAGCCUGAAUGUUUAAAAACAUUAGAAGAAAAAUAAAACUAAACUGAUUGGUAAGAAUAUACAAAAUCAGAUGGAAGAGUAUUUUAUUAUAAUAAAAAAACAAAGAAAUCUUAAUGGAAUAUGCCUCCCGAAUUAAAAGUAUUAAAAUAAAAAUAAGCUGAAGAACGUAAAUUAAAAGAAUAAUAAGGAAUUAUUGAUGAAGAAGAUGAGGAAGAGGAAGAAAAUCAAGGUCCGACUGAUGAAUAAAAGAAAGAAAACGAUCAAAGAUAAUUCUUAGAAAUGCUUAGAGAAAAACGAAUUAACGCGAGUAUAAGAUGGGAUCAGACAUAAAAAAUGUUAUAGAAUGAUCCAAGAUGGAAAUUAAUAAAAUAAAUCAGUGAAAAAAAGAGAUUAUAUCAAGAUUUUGUUUAGAAAAUAAAAAAAUUAGAGAGAUAAGAAUAAUAAAAUAAAACUGACAAAGCAAAGGAAGAUCUUGUUUAAUUAUUAGAAAGUUCAAAUUUAAAUUCUUUAUGCAAAUAUUAUAAAACAGCUUAAUCUUUAAUACAUGAUGUUAGAUAUAAAGCCGUAGAAGAAAAAACAAGAGAAAUAAUAUUUUAAGAUUAUUUAGAUAGGCUUUUUGAAUAAGAAAAGGAAAUUUAAAAUGCAAAUAGAUAAAUUCAUGGCGAGAAAUUAUUAAAAAAACUCUAAGGGUUGAUUGGGGAAAUUAAUACUCAAUUUAGAUGGGCAGAUUUUGUUGAAAAAUUCAAACAUGAUGAAGACUAUAAAGAAUUACAUGAUUUGGAUAGAAUAAAUGUUUUUUCUGAAUACAUGUAUGAAUUAGAAAAAUAAGAAUAUGAAGAAAGAAGAAAAAAUAAAAGAUAUUAAGAAAGAAUUAAUAGAGAAAAUUUCAGAGAAUUACUAAGAAAUAAGAUUUCUUAAGGUGAAAUUGAUCAUAAAACUAAAUGGAAAAAAUUCGUAUAAUAAAUUAAAGAUGAACCUGCAUUUUUAAAUAUGCUUGCGUAAUCUGGAAGUAGUCCUCAUGAACUUUUUGAAGAUUAAUAAGAUAUUCUUAUUGAAAAUCAUAGAGAUAUGAAAUCCGAAAUAAAAUAAUAUAUUAAAUAAACAGAAAUGAAAGUUGUAGCAGAUAUUACUUAUGAUGAUUUUAUUGAAAAAAUGAAGUCUUUGAGUGUUUUUAUUGCUUUGGAAAAAUAUUUGAAAGAUUUUUACUACCAUUAUUUUAUUCGAAAAGCUAAACUUAAAGAUAAAGAAAAUCAGAAAAAACACAAAAAAUCAUAAAGGAAAUAUCUUAAAUUCUUAAAAACACUUACUCAGCUUAAUAAAGAUAAUUUUUUUAAAGAUUUUUAAGAAAUUAUUACUAAUGAGUUGGGUGAAGAAAUUAAUUCAUAAAUUCCUUUAUGGGAAAGAGAAGAAAUAUUUAAAGAAUAUGUUGAAACUUUAGACAAUGAAUAAAAGCUUUAAUAAUAAGAUGAUCAAUAAUCCGUUAAUAAAGAUGGAGAAGAAGGUGAGAUAUCAGAAAAUGCUUAAUAUAAUAGAAAAGAUGAUAAUUUUGGUAAAAAAAAAGACAAAGAUUACUCAAGUGUAUCAGAAAGUAUAAGAUUUCAUACAUCAGAUGCCAUAUAAGAAAAAAGCAAAAUGCCUUCAGGUUUUACAAUGAAGUUCAGAAAAUAUAUUCGUUCUAAAAGACUUGAAGAUAUUAAGCAAAUAGGAGUUGAAAGAGUUGUAGUUUUGACUUUUGGAAGUGGAGAAAUGACUAAUCAUAUAAUAUUAGAAUUAUAUUCUAGCGGUAAUAUUAUCUUAACUGAUAAAGAUUAUCAAAUUAUUCUUUUAAUAAGAUAACAUUAGUUUAAUGAAACUAUUAAAACUGCCAUAGGUGAAAAAUAUCCUUUUGAAUAUGCAGCAAACCUAUAUUUAGAAAAAUUCGAUUUAGCUGAAGAAAAAAUAAUAAAUUUAAUAAGAGAAAAUGAGGAAAAAAAGUAUUAUAAAGAUGAAGAAGAUGAAGAAAAAGAUACAAAAAAGAAAAAGCAAACACAAACACAAAAAAAAAACAAAAAAGAGACUAAUAUGCCUCAAAAAGCUUUAAAAUUGCGAGAAAUAGUAUUUAAAUUAGUUCCUUCUUUACAUAAUCCCGUAAUUGAUCAUAUAAUUUAACUUGAAGGAUAUAAUCCAACAGAAAAGGUGGGUUUAGAAAGUAUAGAAAAAGUUCAGAAAGUUGCAAAUAAAUGUAAAGAACUAAUAAUUGAAUUCUAAAAAAAAGGACAUUAAGGUUAUUUGGUGAUAUCUGAAAAGGAAAAAGCAAAUUAUUUUGAGUUUUCUCCUUUAAUUUUGAACUCUUAUUAAGGAAAGCAAAUAGAAUAAAUGGAAUCUUUUAAUGAUUGCAUAAAUAAAUACUUUUAAAAAAUGAGUAAGAAAAUAGAAGAAGAGUAAAAAGAAGAUGUUGAAUCUAUUGCUUGGAAGAAAUAUCUAAACAUCAAAACCGAUUAAGAAAAUCGAAUAAAAAAAUUAAAAGAUGAGCAAGAAGAAUUCAUAACUAAAGCUUAGUUAAUUGAAGAAAAUUAUCAAGAUGUUGAAGCUAUUACAAACAUUUUAAAAACUAUGAAAUCAUCUGGAUUAGCUUGGGAUAAAAUAAUAAAAAUGAUAAAUGAAGGAAAAAAAUAAGGAGAUCCUUUGGCAAACUUAAUUCAUUAAAUAGACUUUGAAAACAAUGAAGUAUCUAUUUACCUAGGAUUUAUAGACGAUUAAAUGUCUGAAUUGAUUCCUGUUAGCGUAGAUAUUUAUCAAUCCGCACAUUAGAAUGCUAGAAACUAUUAUGAAAAUAAACGUAAGAAUGUGUUAAAAGAAAAAAAGACACUAGAUGCUACCAAGACAGCUUUAAAAUAAGCUGAAAAGACUGCUUUGAAAGAAAUUGAAACCCAAAAACAUAAAACAAUGCAACUAGUAAACGUCCGUAAAUAAUAUUGGUUUGAAAAAUUCUAUUGGUUUAUUACUAGUGAAAACUAUUUAGUUAUUUCUGGAAGAGAUAGUUAAUAAAAUGAAAUUUUGGUUAAAAAAUAUAUGAAAAAAGGUGAUAUCUAUAUGCAUGCAGAUUAUCAUGGUGCUGCCUCUACACUUAUUAAAAAUCCACAUAAAGAUUCCUCUUUUAUAUCUUAAUAAACUAUCGAAGAGGCUGCUGUAGCUACUAUUUGUAGAUCAAAAGCUUGGGAGGCUAAAAUUAUAGCAUCCGCUUGGUGGGUUGACAGUCAUUAGGUAAGUAAAAGGGCGGAAACUGGAGAGUAUUUGCCAUCAGGAAGUUUCAUGAUAAGGGGAAAAAAGAAUUUUGUAUAUCCAUCAAGAAUGGAAAUGGCAUGUACUAUUUUGUUUAAGUUAAAUGAUGAUUCACUUGAAAGACAUUUAAAUGAUAGAAAAAGAAAAGUUAAUGAAGAAGUAAUUUCAAAAGAUAAUUUAAAUAAUCAGAUUAAGGUAGAAUCGGCUUUAACUGAAUAACCUUCUUUAGUAGAAUAAUCUUCUUAAAUAGAGACUUCUUAAUUGCUUGUUUCAGAAUUAGAAACUACUAUUGUUAAUUUAAAUAUAAAGCCUACAGAAGGAAUGUAGAAAAAAUAAUAAUAAAAUCAAAAAGGAAAACAACAAUAAAAAAAUUAAAAAGAUAAAUCAUAAAUAAAUCAAAAAGAUAAAUAGUAAAAUAAUUAAAAAGAGACAAAAUAAAAAGGAAAUUAAAAAAAAUAAACUUCAGAUGAUGAUGAAAAUGAUAAUAAAGAUGAUUAUAAAAAUAAUGUAAAUUUACCAAGAGGAAAAAAAAAUAAAGUAAAAAAAAUGAAAGAAAAAUACGCUGAUUAAGAUGACGAAGAAAGAGAUAUUAGAAUUUCAAGAGGAAACAAAAAAUAAGAUGAAGAAAAUUAAAAAGAUGCUGAAAUUGAUACCAAUUCUUCUGAGUAAAAUGAAGAAGAUGAAGAAGAAAAAGAAAAAAAUGCUGCAGAAUUAAAUAAAGUAGAAGAAGAUAUUCAAGAAGAAAUUAUUAAUAGCGAAUUGUAGGAUCUUUCUAGAUUAGUCACUUUUGUCUAUCCUGAAGAUACUUAUUCUAAUUGUUUAUUAAUGUGUGCUCCUUUCAAUACUAUUAAUCUUUUAAAUAGUAAGUUUAAAAUUAAAUUACUUCCUGGUAAUUUAAAAAAGGGAAAGGCUGGAAAAUCUGUUAUCAAUUUCUUUUUAAGCUAAAAAGAUGCAAUAAAUCAAGAAAAACCAAUAAUAAAAGGAAUACCUGAAUAAGAAAUUAUCAAUUGUUUAGUUGGAAAUGUUAAAUUAGGAGGAGCAGGGAUAUAGAAAAUAAAAGACAAAGAAAAGUUAGCAAAAAAAUAAGCUAAAAAAUAAAAAGAAUAACAAGAAAAACAAGAGAAAAAAUGA